AUGAAUCCGGAAGAGCCGACCGCCCACAUUGAGCAGCAGGACGUGAAUGAUGUUGUCUCGUGCAUCCUCAGUGAUCCCGCUAUACUGUCUCGUGGUAACGCCCGACUUGAGGAGUCUAGUCUACAGGACUCUUUGAUCCAGGCCCUCGUCAUCGGUAUCGACCAGUACCAAGAAGCGCCACCCAUUAAUAACCUCACUGGGGCCGUUGCUGAUGCGAAGUCCAUGUACGAAUACCUACACCACGAACUGAACGUCCCGGCAGAGCAAAUCGUCAAGCUGCACAACAAGGAUGCAACUCGAGACGCCAUCCUGAAACAGAUUCGGGCGCUAUCCACGCGACGCCGGACCACCAAUUCCGGCCGUUCUGUCCCUGUGAAGAAAGGCGAUCCGAUAAUCAUAUACUUCGCCGGACAUGGCGCGAGCGGCAAAGCACCAGUUGAAUGGGUUACUGAGACUGACAAUGUCUCCAUGCUAGUGCCUUACGACGGCUCUCCGAAGGAUGCGUCUCGUAACAUCCUCGAUCGCACCAUGGCCGCGCUCUUGCAUGAGCUCGCAGAAGGCGGAGAGCAAGAUAACGGACUCGGAGACAACAUCACUCUUAUAUUAGACUGUUGUUACUCUGGGUCCGGCACACGCGCACUCGAGCCUGAUCACACCACUCCACAUCUGGAGCGAGGUUUCGAGCUUGACGAGGGUGUUGUCGUUUCUCCAAAGCUCGAUAAGGACAUCUGGGGUGUUGUAUAUAAAGGUCGUACUGCCGACACACCCAUCGGAUUUGCUCAUGCCGGCACGAGGUCCCACGUAUUGCUCGCUGCUUGUCGGGAGAGUGAAAAGGCCUGCGAGUCCAAUCGCCGCGGAAUCUUCACGCAGACACUGCUGGCCGAGUUGCGCAAGAUGAAGACGUACAACAUCACUUGCGAAGGUCUCAUGCAACGCGUCGCGAAACCAAUUUCCAAUCAAAACCCGCAGUGCGAAGGUUAUUAUAGCAACCGUUUCCUCUUCGAUGCCCUUGCGCCGAGUGCAGGACGCACGGUCUACGACUUCGUGGAGAAGGACGGCAAAUACAUCCUGCACGCCGGCUCCCUACAUGGCGUGACGAAAGGCGCCGAGUUCAAUAUCUACUCUUCCCCCGACUUCACAGCCAGCGAUCCUCCCUUGACGACUAUAGCAGUCAAGACUGUGAAGGCCUUCACCUGCCGCCCGCGCGACGAUGUGCCAGACUUGCCUUCCUCUCUGCUUUACGCACACCAGAUUAGCAUGGGUCAAGCGGAGGCGCUCCGCUUGUAUAUCACCCCUUCAGAUGUGCUCAGACCUGUCAUUACGGCUUUUGCUGAGGAGAUCCAGCCCUCCCACCGGGUUGAGAACAGGAUCCUGCUGAGCAACAAGGCCGAAGCAGAUAUCAGUCUGGAAAGCAGCGAGCUGGGUGUUAGGUUCCACGUCCACGACUCGCUCAUCAAGAGCUACGGGCUUGAGAGACUGGGCCAGAGGGUACCUCCGGAGUCACAUCACAUCCGAGCCGUCUUGCGUGCCGCAUCGCAUUUCUUGUGGCAUUUGCGUCACGAACCACCGUCUACCAAGCACCGGUUGCGCGAUAGGGUCGACAUAGCAUUCCAUAAAGUGGAGAAGGGGAACGAGCUGGACAGUAGCUUGCGCAAGAUGUGGAAGCCGUCCGGCGGCAAUCUAAUCGUGUCGGGCGCUGUGCAAGUCGAUGCCGAUAACAAGACCGCAUAUGGAAUGACGUUGCGCAAUAACUGGGAAGCCGCCCUGCAUGUUUGGAUCUUCUACUUUGAUUGCAGUGACCUAUCUAUCGUGGAGUACUACAAGCCACCGGACUCAGGCCCGGGGGGACGUGGCGAGGCCACGCUGCUAGCAGGAAAGCAGCUGCCGAUAGGGUAUGGGGCGGGCGGUGCACGACCUUUCAAGUACCAUCUUGAAGGAGCACAUUCAACGAUCAUGGACCAGGACGUCGGCUUCAUCAAGAUAUAUGUUUCGAACGGGAAGUUCGACCUCAAGGAGAUCACCCAACUGUCACCGUUCCAAGCCUUGGACCCUCGUAUCACCGGAUUCGUGGAUGAUGACGUGGAGAUCCUCUGGGAUGCAGUCCUUAUUCCCGUCGUACAGGUUCGGCCUAAGGCUAGCGUGGCCGAGCACACGUAG